AUGUCCAACAGCUGUAAGCCAAAGUCUUGGAGCUAUGGGAGUGACAUCCACAGGCUGCUGCUGGCUGCUGAAGCUGGGCAGAAGGCUGAUAUUCUGACCUAUUCCUCAGGCCAUCUGGGGCCGCGCAGCCUGGACCGGCCUCACGGGGAGACAAAGCAGUUUUUCUGGAGGAUGUCUCAGAGCCUAAAAGAAACUCCGACCUCCCUGACACUCCAGAAGAGACAGACAAAGACACUACCUGAUCUAAAGAGGAAGGAAACAAAAGAGCCUCCCUCAGAGUUCACCACUGUAGAGUCUGAGGUGUUGGGAGCAAGACAAGAUCAAUCUGCUGAGCAUUCAUCACAUGCAGACAGAAGGGAAGAUAUAAGGCUACCUGAGAUACUUUAUCCUUCCUUAAACUCUUCCUCGGCCCAGCUGAGAGCCUGUUCUCAGAAGAAGUCCAACUCUUCAUCUGAUACGGAGAGCAAUCAUCAGUUUUGCCCGAGCCAUUCUGACCAGGAAGGCCUGAGUAUUAAAGACCAGCAAGAAAUAAAACAACAGCUUGGAAGGCAAAUCUUAGCCAAGCCAGAUCUCUGGGCUGGAACAAAUGUUGCUGAAACGCAUGAGACGAAACUGCAAAAGGAGUUGAGUAAGUUGUCAGCGCAGAGCAGGCCCAGCAGAGAGCGCCUUGCGGUGUUCAGUGACGUCUUUGAUGAUGUAUGUGAAGGCUCGCCAGUAUUUGGACGCAUCCUGAGGGAAAUUAAGACUGAUUAUGAUUUGUAUGUCAACGACUUGAUGACUUUCCAUUCAUCUCCACACAAUAUGUCGCUCAAUACUUCACUUAAAGAUCUUGGAAAUGACAAUAUAAGUGAAACGGAAUUCAGUGAUGCUGAAAAAGAGGUUUGCAGGCUGGAGCAGGAGGCCAGAAGAGCUCUAGAGGAGAAUAAACGAGCCCGUAAUGAAUUGCGGAGCCUCCAAGCUAUUACAAGCCCAGAGGACGGUGACAUGAAAAAUACAUCUCUGUCAGGGCUGCGGCAAGACAGUGAAACUGCCGUCGUCCGCACUGACGGCGUCCAAUUCAGGAGGCUUCAAGUGUUGAACACGUGGGAGGAGAUCCAACAGUUGGAGAAGGAGAUUAAGGAGAAGCUGGUGCCCACUGCGACAACCGCUGCCACUGAAAGACGCAUCAAAGAUCAAAAGCUUGAGAUAUUGAAACUGAUAGCCUCAAAUGAUCGUCUAAGGACCAUUAACAAGGAUCUAGAAAACAAGAUCAAUGUGGUGCUAAACAGAGAGAAGGCAAGCAAGGCCAUAAGACGGAUGUUGUGGGAUGAAAUAUACCGUGAUCUACAAACAGAGCGUGAAUAG